AUGGAUUUUCCAUGUAGUUCGUUUCUUCCUCCCUUUUUUUUAUGUACUCUGUACUCUCGAAGCUCGCUUCAUUCUUGCUCGGCAUCCACCGUUAUCCGCCAUCGCCGACCACGUCAGCGACACCGAGUCCAAUUUUCACAAGCAAGCAGGGUGCGUGUGUUGCGCCAUUCAAUAUCUGAUAGUCCGUCCCCAUUCCCUACUUUGGCCUUGUUGUUUUCCUCCCUACAAAGUUGUCUGAAUUGGGAUGGGAAACGGCUGUCCGCGCAUAACAAAAUGAGGCGCCUUGAACCUCCCCUCCAUCUUCACUUAAUAAUUAGCCUCUCGUCGGAAGCGACGGGUGCCUCCCUACUUCCAUCUGUUUGCGAGAAAAACCACUCUGUACCCUUGUUCGAAGCCGCCGAGUGCCAGACUCCCGAGGCCUUCUUUCCGCUGCCCACCUCGCGCGACUCAGGCGCACCUGGCACCCACCAAUCCUGA